AUGCGUCUGUUUGUAGCACUUGCCGCCGCCCUGCUUUGCCCGGUGGUCUUGGGCGCCGAGUCCGAACAGAUCGCCACCUUCAAGAGCUUCGAGGAGGCCGCGUACGACUGCGCUCCGUACUACCUGCUGGACGACUCGACGGUUCGACGGUUUCUCGCCAACCCGGAACACCCGUCCGGUUGCGGGGACUCGCGCCUUGCACGCUGCGUCCUGAUCGAUCUGGUCGCCUGGGAUGACGAAGCUGGCAUCAAGGAGAACGUCAUCUGGCAGUUCUUUGAGCCGUACCGCUGUAACGACUACGCCGAACGGACCCGCGAGUGCAUCGCCGGACUGCGCAUCCAAGACGUGAACGAGCGAGCCCAAGAGUCCCUCCGAUGCUACCUCCACCACUACGGCAAGCUGAUCCCGUCCAAGAAGUACUUUGUCCCCCUGCCGGACAGCGGAAUGCUGCAGCUGAAGCGCGAUGACUACCUACUCGCGGGAACUCCGUGGCACGUGCUCGAGGAGGUCGCCGAGGGUAACUUCUCCCGCGAAUACGAACUUGCCAAGGCCCUCUUCAUCGGUGCCGUCCGCGGAGGCUUCCUGGACUUUAGCACCAAGGAGUUCUACAUGGACCGCGUCUACACCCAGUUCACGUUCCCAUCGUUGCUCUCGGAGGAGGCGGCCCGUUGUCAGGCCAAGGUAACGCGCGAAUUCCACACCAACGAUCCGAUUGCGCUGGUGUUUGAGAAAAUUAAGCGCUGUCUGGAGGUUUACGAGCCGCUGCUGGACCUGCUGAAGGAGUCGGCGGCCCAGCUGGUGGCCAAGAAGCCUGGAGGGUGCGGCGGAAAGACGAGCGGGUGUGGAUGUCACAGCUGUUGCGCUGAACGGAACGAUGCGUACUACCCGAGGCCGCAUUAUUGA